UACCUUUUUCACUGCGAAGAUUGAAAUGCAGCCCCAUCAUCUCAUCUAAUCAGAGAGAGAGAGAGAGAGAGAGAGAUGGAGUUGGGUUUUGGCGGGAAAGGAGUGGGCCAGAUGCUGGUAGCCAUAGCUGCAGCAUUCCUCAUCCGUAUAAUUUCUGGACCGGGCCCCGCACAAUUGCCGGAAAUUGAGCCGGAGUAUGACGACAGCGCUGACGAGUCGGCUGGAAAAUCUGACGCCGAUGAAGCUCCGUAUACCGGGAAAGUUUUCCCGGUCACCAUACGGUGGACCAACAUCACGUGCUCGCUUUUGGACAAAUCCGGAAAAACUGUGAGAUUUCUACUUUCAAAUGUGAAUGGAGAGGCAAAACCAGGAAGAUUGCUUGCAAUCAUGGGCCCAUCGGGAUCAGGGAAGACUACUCUGCUCAACGUUCUUGCUGGGCAGCUUGCAUCAUCUCCCCGAUUGCGUCUAACCGGUCGUUUGGAUGUCAAUGGACGGCCAAGCUCAGGAAGAGCAUAUAAGGUUGCUUAUGUAAGGCAAGAGGACCUUUUCUUCUCACAGCUGACAGUGCGGGAAACACUCUGUCUUGCUGCAGAGCUCCAGCUUCCUGACAUACUCUUGGCAGAAGAGAGAGACGAGUAUGUGAACAAUCUCUUGCUCCGAUUGGGCCUGGUAAAUUGUGCUGAUUCAAAUGUUGGUGAUGCCAAAGUUCGAGGAAUCAGUGGUGGUGAAAAGAAACGCCUAUCGCUUGCCUGUGAAUUGAUUGCAAGCCCAUCUGUAAUAUUUGCAGAUGAGCCCACAACAGGACUUGAUGCAUUCCAGGCAGAGAGGGUGAUGGAGACACUCCGACAACUUGCACAGGAAGGGCAUACUGUGAUUUGCUCCAUCCACCAGCCUAGAGGUUCAGUAUAUGCUAAAUUUGACGACAUUGUGUUUCUAUCAGAAGGUGCAGUUGUUUACAUGGGUCCAGCACAAGAAGCAUUGUCAUACUUUGCAAAAUUCGGGUAUGAUUGCCCAGACCAUGUGAAUCCUGCAGAAUUUUUGGCCGAUCUCAUAUCAGUUGACUAUAGUUCUGCUGAAAGUGUCCAUUCUUCUCAAAAGAGGAUUGAUGACCUUGUUGAGGCAUUAUCACAGAACACUUCAAAUAUUCUAUAUGCAAGUCCAAUUACCAAAAAUGAGGCCUUGAAGAUCCCAACAAAGUUUGGUAGGAAAUCUAAUGUCAAACAAAAAGGUGGGUGGUGGAGGCAGUUCUGGUUGCUCCUUAGACGAGCAUGGAUGCAGGCUUCUCGUGAUGGGCCUACAAACAAAGUUCGGGCAAGAAUGUCUAUUGCAUCAGCUAUAAUAUUUGGGUCAGUCUUUUGGCGAAUGGGAAGAUCUCAGACAUCCAUACAGGACAGGAUGGGACUACUUCAGGUUGCCGCCAUAAAUACAGCAAUGGCAGCACUUACAAAGACUGUGGGAGUGUUUCCCAAGGAACGGGCAAUAGUGGAUAGAGAGCGUGCCAAGGGGUCUUAUGCACUAGGACCUUAUUUAUUUUCAAAAUUAUUGGCUGAGAUCCCUGUUGGAGCAGCAUUUCCAUUACUGUUUGGGACGAUCUUGUAUCCUAUGGCUCAUCUUCAUCCAACUCUAUCCAGAUUUGGGAAGUUUUGCGGCAUUGUGACAGUGGAGUCAUUUGCUGCCUCUGCAAUGGGUCUAACAGUUGGGGCCAUGGCUCCAACAACCGAAGCAGCAUUGGCCUUGGGGCCAUCUCUUAUGACGGUUUUCAUUGUUUUUGGAGGAUAUUAUGUCAAUGCGGAAAAUACACCGGUGAUCUUCCGUUGGAUCCCUCGAGUUUCUCUCAUAAGAUGGGCAUUUCAGGGGCUUUGCAUCAAUGAAUUCAGUGGCCUUCAAUUUGAUCAACAGCAUUCCUUCGACAUUCAAACUGGAGAACAGGCAUUGGAGAGGCUCUCAUUUGGAGGAAGCCGCAUCAGGGAAACGAUGAUAGCACAGGGUCGGAUACUGCUGUUCUGGUACUGGAACACUUACCUUCUCCUUGAGAAAAACAAGCCCAAGUACCAACAACUCGAACCUCCACCACUGCAACUUCAACCGCUGGAGUAAUCAGAUCAGUGCUUUCACUUUAAAAUAUGUUUAUGUUUUAGCUGUAAUUAGCAGCAUGCAUAUACAGGCAUAAGUGUAGACUCCAAGUAGCAGCAUGGAUCUUAAAUGUUGGGUUCAAUUCUGACAAAGGGCAGGGUUUUGUUCCAGGCCAUUGGUCCCUUGGUUCCCAUUGUGGGUGGGUGAUGCCCCAAAAUCUCCACUAAUAGAAGAAGACUCCAGCAGCCAAUCUUGGGAUUCUUUUCUUUUC